AUCAUAAAGUAGGUUUAUGGUAGAAUCUGGCUUGGCCCGGGCCGUCUGGCAACACUGACACUGUCUCUCAACGAAAUACCUAAUUUAUGUUUUUGUAUUAUUAAAUUUAAGUUUGUGUAGAUAUUUACAAGUAAUACCAUUUAUAUUACACAUCAUAUUUUCAGUUCUCUAAUCCUUAGUCCAUAAGUUAGAACCGACGCAUGAUAUCUAUGUUGCCAAUGUGUGAAAAUGUCGGAAUCAUCAAAAACUCCUAGGACAUCGUAUGAACAAGUAAAAGCGAUCGUGGAUUAUAUGGGCCAACACUCCGACUUGGCUUCAUGUAUCAACAGAACUACGGAAGGAAGGCACGCUAACAAGCAGCGGUGGGCAGAACUGGCUAAAGUGCUCAACAGUUACCGAGGAGCUAGGAAAACACCCGUUGGAUGGAGCAAGUAUUACAGUGAUCUGAAGUGCAAGCUGAAGACUAAGAUUCAGAUCUUGAAUAAGAUGAAGAGGAAUGGGCAAACUUCGGAGACCACUGACACCCCCAACAUCACCAAGCUGGAGAGAAGACUGCUGGUCAUACUCGGUCCAGACUUUGCUAAAACUAAAUCUAAAAAGGAGAAAUCUGACAUCAAGGCGGAAUUAAAUCAUGAUGAAAGUUCAUGUAGGUCAGGGAGUGAGGCCAGUGGCAGAUUAUCAGUUUCAGGGCUACAGGAUGAUUUUGAGGAGAAAGAUGAAGAAAUGUUUGAGCCCGAAAGGUCUUCCGUGACCAAUGACAGCAUGUUUGAAGGAAUCAGCCCGAAAUGGCUCAUAGAUGUGGAGAAGAAGCGAGCAAAGGCCGACCUGAUACGAGCGCGGGCGGAGGAGCACCAGGUGACCGUGGCCGCCAAGCACGCGGAGGCCGCCAUGAUCCAGGCCGAGGCGCUCAAGAAGUUCGCCGAGGCCGCCUGCAUUCAGGCCGAGGCCAUCAUGAGAAUAGCCAGCAUAAUCGAGCACAGAGGCCAGACUGAUAUGCUUCAAAUUUAAGUCUAGUUUAGUGUAAGGCAGUAUGAGUGUAUAAUGUGAAUGAGUGCUUUAUCGGUUUAUGUUACAGGCCUUUAUUUUAUUCGGGUACUUACCAAUGAUUGGUACACUUUUUAAUAGAGGAAGAGAUAAUGCACCAGCCGGGUAUUAUUUGGUUUUAGUUAUCAUUGCCAUAUUAAAAAGCAACAUAAAUAUGUUGUAGAAAUCGCAUUACGAUUG